AUGUCUUUCUACCAUGACUGCUGCUGCAGUGUCCCCACUGGACCCGCCACCACCAUCUGCUCUUCUGACAAGUGUUGCCACUGUGGAGUCUGCCUGCCCAGCACCUGCCCACACACCACUUGGCUGCUGGAGCCCACCUGCUGUGAAAGCUGCCCACCCCCUUGCCACAUCCCUCAGCCCUGUGUGCCCACAUGCUUCCUGCUCAAUUCUGCCCAGCCCAGACCAAGCCUGGAGACCCUGGACCUCACCACCUACACCCAGCCUUGCCCCUGUGACCCCUGCAUCCCCCAGAACUGCUGAGUGAUGACUAUCUUUGCCCAGAGCCUGACAACACCUGCAAGAUGCCUAUCUUCUAUUACUGACCUGUUUCAGUAGCCACAACCCAGAUGUGGUAGAACCACUUUCAACAUCAAUGCAAAGGAAAUUGCAAAGUUCCCAAUGGUAACCUCAAAAAUUAAGAGGUGAAUAUCACCUGUCCUUCCAAGGAGAUUUAGUUUUCUCAGAAUGGUGUGUGUGUGAUUCUUCAUUUGGGGUAUUUUGGGGGUUCCAUUUACAGUCUUUUGUGUCUUCCUAGAGACUAAGGAGUUUCUGUCUGAAUUUCCUAAUAAACC